CAUUGCGCGCUCGGCGGUCCCCGAAAGCACACGCGCACUUCGUUACGCAAUUGACGAGGCCGCGUCCCGUCCGCGCCUCGCGUAAGUUUAUCAACCACAACAUAAUUCCAAGCUGCGUUACGAAAUUCAUCAAUCCUUUACGAGACCUUCAGUUGACUUCAAUGCUGUCUGAAACUGUUUUUGAUCGUGACACGGUUAAAUCAAAUAUGUGCACGCGCAUGUCCCAAUGGUGAUUUGUUUUGAUUGUUAGUAGGCAGUUUUUGGUUUGCGAAGAUGAUUAGGAUACAAGUUUUCUUCACGUUGCUCGUGUUGCUUUACAUAGCGGCGAAAUCGGAGAGUUCGGAGACAGGGCAGCGUGUGAAGCGUAUCCGCGCUGACAGCGCGCCGGUGGCGCGCGACCCGGCGCAGGCGCUGGACGCGCCCGAGCCCGACGCGGCGGCGCCCGCGCCCGUCGCCUUCCUCAGCCCCUCCGUCAAGGAGUAUCUGGAGCUCGGAAUGGCGAUACCCGGUAAACCUGGCACGGACUACCCGGUGCUGGGCGCGGUGCCAUACACCAACUUCUACUGCGACGACCAGCCCUACCCCGGCUUCUUCGCGGACAUGGAGACGCGCUGCCAAGCGUGGCACUACUGCGACAUCGACGGGCGGCAGGCGUCGUUCCUGUGCCCCAACGGCACGGUGUUCUCGCAGGGCGUGGCUUCCUGCGACUGGUGGUUCAACGUGCGGUGCGCGCUCUCGCCCGCGCUCUACCCGCUCAACGCGCGCCUCUACCGGCGGAAGUCGCGAAAGCAGGCCAGGCCCGAACCGCAUCGAGUCAUUGACAAGCAGUUGCUUGACGAGAUCUUUCUGUAAACAAGAGUA